CAUUUUUGCCUGGUCAUCUGAAAUUUGACUGCAUUUAGAGAAGUAGAUACGCGUCAUUAUUUCAACACCACUUACCAACACAGAUAGAUAAACAAAUGCUAAUGAUUGGCAAUGGAAAUAUACAGGGCUCACAACUUUGAUAUUGUUAAAUUGAAUUGUCUGCAACAUCUCCUGGAACAAGCUGAUGAUCUAUUUAAGAGGACUGGGCAAAGUUCUGGAGAGAUAUACAUGAGUUCUGCUGAUGCUAUCUCUUUGUCAGCUGAUGGUUACUGUGGCCCAUUCAAGUUCAUAAAUAUGUGUGUCACGGAUUCACUUCUAAUGGCCUCAUUUUGUUUAUAUUUAAAAAAUGACCAAGUUAGAUCUCUUUUCAGCUGUAAUUCAAUACUGAGAGCAGCUAUGGUCUUUUUAGGUGCUGGAAAAUAUGAUAAAGCCAAAGCGUGUUGGGUCUUCGCACAGUUUGAUUUGGCCAAAAAUAUGAUAUUUCAGGUUACUAUAACAAAUGAAUUUGGUAAUCUAUAUUUUGUAAUAGAUGCUAAAAGUGAACCAAAGGACCAUUUAAACAUAUUUAAUGAACUUGUUUUGGGCACAUACCAUUUUGAUGAGGACAAAAUUUCUCAAGAAAUUCUCAUCAAAACAUUAAGCAAAUUUGAACACCUUGGAGAUGUGCGUGCUUUAGGUAUGAACGAUAAAAAUCCUGCAGCCAUUAUAGUGGAUGUAGACCGACGGCUGGAUACAGCACCACCACUGACUGUUUGUGAUGACUAUGACAGAGUCUUCAAACUACAGUUUUUAUUGAUGACACAAAAAUCAUCACUCGACCACGUCAUUGUUGGGUUAUUCCUCUCCGAUCGAUGGGUUCUCUAUGAUGAUCUAAAGCCCACAUUUGAGGAUUUUAACAUUGACAGUGCUGACUUUAAAGAUGAUUUCGUGAUUCUCGUGGCUGGCUAUGUCAAUAUACCAAAUGUGCCAUUCGGAAUUUCUGAAGAGGGUCAAUGUGGGACUGUGGUUUUCAAUCCUGCCCAUCAUCCUAACAAUCAAGAAAAGGAGCACCUAGACUAGUUGUCAGACUAGCUAACCUAGGCUUAAAUAAAAAGAU